AUGAUGAAGACUCUCCGAAAAUCGCUUUCUCACAAGGACCAUGUUGCCCACAUUUCCCAGCCUUCAGCGCUUCCUUCCCUGUCCAAGCCUCCCAGCGCUAUCUUACCCCCCAAGAAAGUCAUUCGGGCCCUGAACUCCUACAAAUCGAGAGCUCCUCAGGAACUUUCCUUCGAGAAGGGGGACUUCUUUCACGUCAUAAACGAUGUCAACAAUGCAGGAUCAUGGUAUGAAGCGCACAACCCAAUGACUGGUGCGCGGGGCCUCGUUCCUUGUUGCAUGUUCGAAGAAUUUCAGAAGGGCACUCCCAUAGCACGUGUGGUCCCGGCAGCAACAUCGGAAAGGCCGCUGUCUACAGCACCCAAACUUCAAGCUUAUUAUGCAGUUGUGCUCCACGACUUUGUGGCAGAACGUGCAGAUGAACUCGACGCUAGAGCAGGGGACCCUGUCACUGUUGUAGCACAAUCGAACCGCGAGUGGUUCGUCGCAAAACCUAUCGGUCGUUUGGGUCGGCCUGGUCUCAUCCCGGUCUCAUUCGUCGAACUCAGAGAUCCUGCGAACGGGCAAGCCAUACCCGAUGUCAAUGGCCUCAUUGAUAGCGGCGCGUUGCCUCGCGUGGAAGAGUGGAAGCGCGCUAUGAUGAGUUACAAGGCCAACAGCAUAUCCCUAGGUGUCUUGGAAGAAACCCCCCGAGUUAACGUGAUGGACGACCUACCGAAACCCCAGCUCGCCAUUGUUGUUCAAGGCCCAACCCCUCCUGCCGUGACGCAUCAGCAGCAGUUGCCAGCCCCCGCUGAUAUCUUAGGCCCUGCUACUCCGAAGAGUCUACCCGAGGGUAUCCUUCUUUCCGCGGAUGUCAAAUCCUUCCAUUAUGAAAUGGAGGAAUAUUGGUUCCGUGUGCAUGCCCUAUUCCAACCCUAUGAUCCAUCAGGAUCAAAUGCGCUACCGCCUGCGAGGCAACUCGUCCUCUUCCGCUCUUAUAACGACUUCUACGACUUCCAAGUCGAACUUCUCGAGACGUUCCCUCAGGAGGCUGGUCGUCCCGAUCAUGCUUCGCGUAUAUUGCCGUACAUGCCUGGGCCUGCAGAUCAAGUUGACAACGAGAUUACUGGUAGCAGGCGAGCAGAACUAGACGACUAUGUGCACAGACUCUGCGCGCUAUCGCAGUACGCCAGCUACAUUCUGGAGCAUAGGCUCAUUCGGAUGUUCCUGGCGCCGAAACCUGGUGAUGCCGAGCUUGAAGUGGGGCCCCGCGUUGAGGAAAUUGAGGCGUUGGCCCGGUCGUCAUACGAGAAUCAGCAGAAUGAUGAGCAGGCCGACCUCGAGUCUGACGUAAGGACAGACCAGCUCGCUCGCAUGCAAAUUGCAGAAAAACCAGAAGAGCCGACAAGCGACGGAUCGGAUUACGAGGAGGAGGCAGACAUUUUGGGUCGCCCGUACGAGGACACCUACAAAUACCGCCCGGAUGAACACGCGCAAUCAGGGCUGUCAAGCAGCCAAACCUUCAGCAACACGGCUCCCCUGCGUCCUAAGCCUCGCAUCCCAGUCGAUGAGCGUGCAGAGGCGUCUACCUCAAUCCACGGUCGAUCCGGGACAACGACAUCCUAUCAGCAACGGUCCUACCCCCAAUCAAUACCCUCAUCCUCGUCCGGGAAUGGUGCAGGAGGCAGACUUCUCGAGGCACAGCGCAGUCAUUCCUCGUUGGAAAUUGAUCCAUACUAUAAUAACCCCGUAAAUACCCACUCCCGUUCUUCUGUUACUUCUUCUCAUGAACCCUCGCCAACCUCCAUGCGUUCGUCGCGAGCGGGUUCCAUCGCAACCUCUGGAACGUCGAACUCGGGACGGUCGCGGUCGCAGUCGAACGCCACGCAUAACCCGCCGAUUUCUUCCACCAAUUCUCAGACAGCGUUCAUCAAGAUAAAGAUAUUUGAUCGCAUGACGGACGAUCUGGUCGCCAUUCGAGUGCAUCCGCGAGUCACGCAUGCCCAAUUGCUGGACAAGGUGCAAGCGCGUCUCGGUGGAAACGCACUGAACUUGCGGUACCGCGACAGCACAAGUAACGAGUUCGUCGACUUGGAGGGGGAUGAUGAGUUAAGAAGCUGGUUGGAUAGUACGGAACGGCAUGUACUCUAUGCAGAGUAA